GGUUUCGAGUUAGUUGAGCGACACAUGAUCCAUGGGCCUUGUGGCAACCAGCGACCUCUAUCACCAUGUAUGGAGAAAGGAGAAUGCACGAAGAACUACCCCAAACCAUACUCAAGCCAUACAAAGAUCGACAAAUCGGGUUUUGUUGUCUACAAGAGGCGCGUUAAUAGCAGAGCCUCUGUUUUCAAAGGUGAUAUAGAGUUAGACAGUCGAUACGUGGUGCCUCAUAACCUCUCUAUCAUCAGAAAAUACAAAGCACACAUCAAUAUUGAGUGGUGCUGCAAGACAGGGGCUAUCAAGUACCUCUUCAAAUACAUAACUAAAGGGGUUGACCGAGCUAUGGCUCUACUUCAGCAGACUGGAAGUCAAGACAGAGCAGGGCUAGAGAAAAAAAAAGAACACCUAGAGAUGGAUGAGAUUGAUAGAUAUCUGGAAUGUCGAUACAUCUCAGCGUGUGAAGCAUCGUGGCGUCUGUUUUCUUUCCACGUUCACCACAACCAGCCUUCUGUUAUGAAACUCACAUUGCAUCUGCCAGGCAAGCAAAGGUUGGUUUACGAUCAGAAUAAAAGGCUAGCGGAAGUUCUGUCACAGGAGGAUAUUGAGAAGACAAUGUUGACAGCAUAUUUUGUGGCAAACCAGACCUAUGAAGAAGCAAGGGAACUCACGUACAUCCAGUUUCCUGAGCACUUUGUGUACCACAGUGACAAUAAAACUUGGACACCACGGAAACAAGGGGCAGCUAUAGGCAGACUCGUCUACGUACCUCCAACUGCAGGAGACAAGUACUAUCUCAGAAUCCUUCUCAACGUGGUCAAAGGCGCUUUCGGUUAUGAUGACCUCUACACAGUAGGUGGUACAAAAUUUGAGGAGUUUCGUGAUGCUUGCUUUGCGCGUGGUUUGCUAGACGACGAUAAAGAAUGGCAUGAUGCAAUAGUUGAGCCCUCGCACUGGGCUACAGGUCGCCAACUAAGGAGCUUAUUUGUCCUAAUCUUGCUUUACUGUGAAGUUGGAAACCCACUGGAACUUUGGAAUCAUACCUGGAAGCUUUUGGCUGAAGAUAUUCUAUAUAUGAAACAGAGAGAAUUCAACUUUCCGGGUUUAAUUCUUCAAGAUCAGCAGCUGCAAGAAUAUACAUUGAUAGAGAUCGAACGGCUCCUCAAAGAGAAUGACAAAUCUUUAGCUGAUUUCGCUGGAAUGCCUAAGCCAAACCCAAGUGUUCUUAAGGAAAUCUCAAACACCGUUUUGCGGCAAGAGCUGAAUUAUGACACUGAGAAAGAAGCUAUUGAGCAUGAGAGACUGUUUAGCGACAUGAAUGAAGAUCAAAGAACCGUUUACAGUGCUGUGAUUGACUCCGUUGAUAACCAAUCUGGUCAGUUGUUCUUUGUCUAUGGUGCUGGAGGGACUGGAAAAACUUUCUUAUACAGGACAAUUAUAGCAAAACUAAGAUCAGUUGGUAAGGUCGUCAUCCCUGUUGCAUCAGCAGGCAUUGCAGCUUUACUACUACCAGGAGGUAGAACAGCUCACUCCCGUUUCAAACUUCCUAUAAAUUUAACGGAUCAGACAGUGUGUGAGAUAACGCCUAGCUCUAUGUUAGCGAGUCUUCUUUCAAAGGCUGACUUAAUCAUAUGGGACGAGGCCCCUAUGGCUCACCGCCAGGCAUUUGAAACUCUCGAUCGCACACUUAGGGACUUACAAUCGCUACAAGAUCCAUCAGCAGCUAAUAAACCUUUUGGAGGGAAAACGGUUGUUCUUGGUGGUGAUUUUAGGCAAAUUCUGCCGGUCAUACCUCUUGGCUCUAGACAAGACACAGUUAAAGCUUCGAUCAGCAAGUCAUACCUCUGGCCAUUUGCUGAGGUUUAUACGUUAACCAUCAACAUGAGACUGAGACAAGCUGACAAGGACUUUGCGGAAUGGAUUUUAAAAGUUGGUAAUGGAACAGCACCCACCGUGAUGACAGAAGGAAGAAGUCAUGAUGAUGGCGAGCAGGUUAUAAUAGGAGAUGAAUUCAUGUUACCAAGAUCUGAUCUUCCUCACAAGUCUAUAUCAGAUGCUGCGUACCCGGAAUUUGUUAAGAACUACUUGAACCGUACGUACUUAACAGAGCGAGCUAUCUUGGCUCCAACAAACGCCAGUGCACAUGAAAUAAACUCAUACCUUCUGUCUAAGGUACCUUCUGUAGAAAGAGAAUUCCUGAGCUCAGACAGUGUCGCUUUUGAGAGCACCCCCGAAGAUGACUGGACCAAUAACUACACUCAGGAGUACUUAAACUCACUUGAGUUCCCAGGUUUGCCGCCACAUAAACUCUGUCUGAAGGUUGGGUCUCCAGUUAUGAUGCUACGUAACCUGAGCCAGAAAAAUGGGCUAUGCAAUGGAACCCGGAUGAUGAUUUCACGUCUGGGACACAGAGUUCUGCAGGCUGAACUUCUAACAGGUACUCAUGUCGGAGAUAGUGUAUUGAUUCCCAGGAUUCAGCUUUCUCCAACCGACACUGUCUAUCCUUUCACGUUUCGAAGAAGACAGUACCCAAUAAAGCUGUGUUAUGCGAUGACUAUUAAUAAGAGUCAGGGUCAGAGCCUGAAGCAGGUCGCUCUCUAUCUCCCAAGACCUGUUUUCAGUCACGGGCAACUGUAUGUUGCUCUCUCACGAGUCACCUCACCGGAGGGUCUUAAAAUACUAGAUGACACAGAUGGUGCAACUAGAAACAAUGCUGUCACAAAUAUUGUUUACAAAGAGAUUUUCGGUAAUCUCAAGACACGUAAGACACAUACUAGACUUCUCUAAUA